GCCACGCUAUACAGAGAUGACGUCGUGGCAAGCCCGAGCUUCGAACCAGGAACAGGAGGGCGCAUACCACACACAUGCACGUCAGGACUCGACUCGAUAUGUUGCGCGACGCCAUCCUGAAGAGCUAACACCCACACACCACACUCCACAAUGGCUUCGAUAUUGCGGCAGAUUGUAGCUGGCCCACGUGCGCGGCACGCUGAAGCCGGGCUCGACCUGUGCUAUGUCACAGACAACAUCAUCGCUACGUCCGGCCCCAGUGGCACCUACCCACAGCGCGCAUAUCGGAACCCUCUCGACUCGCUCGUAAAGUUCCUCGACUCGAAGCAUGGCGAAGACUGGGCGAUAUGGGAGUUUCGCGCGGAGGGCACCGGCUACCCCGACAGCGAAGUCUACAACCGCGUUUACCACUACCCCUUCCCCGACCACCACCCGCCGCCUUUCGCGCUUAUACCAAACAUCAUGGCCAGCAUGCGCAACUGGCUGAAGGCGAAAGAGGGGCGUGUGGUUGUCGUGCACUGCAAAGCCGGGAAAGGACGAUCAGGCACGGCCAGCUGCAGCUACCUAAUGAGUGAAGAAGGCUGGCCCAUGGAAAAGGCUCUCCAACGCUUCACGGAGCGGCGCAUGCGCCCCGGCAUGGGAUACAAAGGGGUUAGCAUCCCCAGUCAGCUGCGCUGGCUGACGUAUGUCGAUCGGUGGGCAAAGCACGGCAAACUGUACGUAGAGAGGCAGGUCGAAAUACUCGAAGUACACUGCUGGGGCCUGAGAGACGGCGUCAAGAUCCAGAUCGAGGGCUUUGUCGAGGACGGCAAACUCAUCAAAAACUUCCACACAUUCACAAAGGACGAACGAGAGGUAGUUAGAGGAGAGGUCAAGACAACGGGCAUGGCUCAGGCAGUGCAUGAGGUCAUGUACAAGAAUGGUCUCAGCGGAUCGUCCGGCAAGGCUAAUGCACAGCAAGAUGGUAGUAAAGCUAACUCGAAGGAGGGCAGUAAGAGCAAUUCCAAGAAUGCUAGCAGGUCUUCACUGGAAGUGCCCCGAAACGCAGACGGCACUGCCACCCCCCAGGCCAGUUCUAAAGAAAGUCUCCUUCCGGGCACCGGCGACGUCGUUUUCCGGCCCGCGAAACGCGUCGUGCUACCCACGAACGAUAUCAACAUCGACGUCGAGCGCCGUAACAAAGCCGCCUUUGACCUGACCAUGGUCACGGCAGUCGCACACGUUUGGUUCAACACAUUCUUCGAGGGCAAUGGUGCGGAAAAGGACGGCACGGCAGACGAUUCAGGUGUUUUUGAGAUUGCCUGGGAUGCCAUGGACGGCAUCAAGGGCUCUUCGCGGAAAGGCACACAAGCGUUCGAGCGUAUCGCUGUAGUAUGGCGUGCGCUCAGCGCCGAGGAGGGGCGGCCUGGCGUUGUCAUCACAGAGCCGAAAGAAGGCGAAGAGGUUUUGCAAUCAGGUCCAUCGGACUGGAAAGGCACCAAAGGUGUUGAACCGAGCGAGGGGAAGGACCUUGGGCUGCGGUCCUCAAGUCCAGACGACUCAGAGCUCGAUGUGACUCAGACGGACGCCAUCAAGAGCGCGAAUGAACAGAACAAGACCAAAAUCCCGAUGCCUGGUCGCAGGGAUAGUGAACAAAGCGAUGACAGCGACACCAGGGAUGUUCGGUCACACGGUCCAAACGGCGAGAAGAUCCUUCAGUAUCCAAUGCCAGCAGGAAGCUCCGCGCAAGCUGGUGAGAACAAGAGCGAACCGCUAGCGACCGUUUCACAGUCUACGCCAUUAAGCCAGGUUGAUGGUGCCGCAACUGAAACAUCGAGACCGCCGUCCAGAGAAUCACACAGAGGCACACACCAUGUUGAAAAGCUAAUUGACAAUGUCAAAUACCACGUCUCUGGCGCAGUCUCCACAAGCGAGCUGCCCGAUGGGAAACCAGAGAGCGAAAUGAAGAACGCUAAGGAACAUCAACUCGGACAUUUGGGAAAGAGCAAAGCGUCAAAUUGAAGUGCGCAGGCGGACCAAAUGGAUCCGUGACACUGUGUAGCAGGCCGUAGGACAAGGCUAUGGUCGUCAAGAAUGAGGCAACAAUGUAUGGAUUCGUGAUGCAGCGUAUCACGUUGACGCACGAAGCAUCUGCGUAUCUGCAUGGACAUCUUGCAGCUCGUAGAGUGCAUGCAGGCGGCGUCGAGUAUCGGGGUGCAUUUGGCCAGGUUCAGUUGCUUUGCUUCGGGUCGGUCCGUUCCCAUUGACUUAGAUAUACCAGACCAGCAAUGAACUUUUAUAAUUUCGA